AUGAACGAUAAGGAUGAGAAAGUGGAAACAUUGGACCCACCAAAAGAAGUGAAGGAAACAAAGACGGAACUAAAACUACUACCGGCUCUUCUGAAAUAUGUCUUUUUAGAUAAGGAGGGAAAGAAACCAGUAGUUAUUAGUUCAAAGCUAACUACGCAAGAAGAAGAAAGACUACUUCAAAUCCUACAAAAGAAUAAAGCUGCAAUCGGAUGGGUCUUGGCCGAUUUAAAAGGUAUAAGUCCAGCAUAUUGUAUGCACAAAAUCAUGUUGGAAGAAGAAUUCAAACUGGUAGCUCAACCGCAACGAAGGUUAAAUCCAACUAUGAAAGAAGUAGUAAGAAAAGAUGUAGUCAAACUAUUGGAAGCAGGAAUGAUUUAUCCAAGUUCAGAUAGCGCAUGGGUGAGUCCAGUACAAGUAGUGCCAAAGAAAGGAGGAAUGACAGUCAUCAGUAAUGAGAAGAAUGAACUAAUACCAAUAAGAACUGUCACUGGUUGGAGAAUGUGCAUUGACUAUCGUAGACUCAACAAAGCCACGAGAAAAGAUCACUUUCCUUUUCCCUUCAUGGAUCAAAUGCUUGAAAGAUUAUCCAGACAAAACUAUUACUAUUUCUUAGAUGGAUACUCCGGAUACAAUCAUAUUGUAGUCAAUCCAGAAGACCAUGAGAAGACACCUUUCACAUGUCCCUUUGGAAUUUUCGCAUAUAGAAGAAUGCCAUUUGGAUUAUGUAAUGCCCCAGCCACCUUUCAACGGUGUAUGCAAGCAAUCUUCUCCGACCUCAUUGAAAAGAGCAUUGAAGUAUUCAUGGAUGAUUUUUCGGUGUUCGGAAAAUCCUUUGACAUUUGUCUAGCUAAUCUAGACGAGGCACUAGGAAGAUGUAUUGUACUAGGACAUAAGGUAUCUUCAAGAGGGCUUGAAGUGGACAAAGCCAAGGUGGAGUUAAUCUCAAAAAUUCCACCUCGAGUAAACAUAAAAGGGGUAAGAAGCUUUUUGGGUCAUGCGGGAUUCUAUCGAAGGUUCGUAAAAGAUUUCUCGAAGAUUGCCAAACCAUUGAGUAACUUACUCAACAAAGGUACGUAUUUUACUUUCGAUGAAUCAUGUGUCCAAGCUUUUAAUGAGUUAAAAGAAAGGCUAGUUACCGCACUUGUGAUCGUAGCACCUGAUUGGACAAAACAUUUUGAACUUAUGUGUGAUGCUAGCGAUUAUGCCAUAGGCGCGGUACUAGGCCAAAGAAAGGAAGAAGUAUUUCACGUUAUACACUAUGCAAGCAAAGUUUUAAACGACGCUCAAGUCAAUUAUGCCACUACAGAAAAAGAGUUGCUAGCCAUAGUGUAUGCCCUUGAAAAAUUCAGAUCCUAUCUCAUUGGAACAAAGGUGGUGAUUUACACGGACCAUGCGGCCAUUAAAUAUCUGCUAACUAAACCGGAUUCGAAACAAAGGCUCAUUCGAUGGGUUCUUCUUUUACAAGAAUUUGACUUAGAAAUCCGCGAUAAAAAAGGUUCAGAAAAUGUGAUAGGUAAGGAUGGCAUACUCAGAAGGUGUGUGAAUGAAGAGGAAGCCCAACAAAUCCUUUGGCAUUGCCACAACUCUCCGAGUGGUGGGCAUUUUAAUGGAUGGAGAACAGCAACAAAAGUUCUCCAAUCCAGUUUUUUCUGGCCAACUAUUUUCAAAGAUGCACACCACCAUGCGAUAAAUUGUGAUAAAUGCCAAAGAGUUGGAGGGAUAAGUAAAAGAGAUGAGAUGUCACAUCAAACCAUGAUCGAAGUUGAAGUUUUUGAUUGUUGGGGGAUCGAUUUCAUGGGACCUUUUCUUCCCUCAUUUACUAAUGAAUAUAUUCUAGUUGUUGUGGAUUAUGUUUCCAAGUGGGUUGAAGCUAUCGCUACUCCAAAAGCGGAUGCCAAAACGGUUGCUAAAGUGUUGGAAAAGUGCGGCGUCAAUCAUAAGAUUGCCUCACCUUAUCACCCUCAGACCAACAGGCAGGCAGAAAUCUCUAACAGAGCAAUAAAGAAUAUCCUAGAGAAGACAGUCUCGAUAUCCAGGAAAGAUUGGUCCGCAAGGAUUGAUGAUGCUCUUUGGGCAUACCAGACUGCAUACAAAGCCCCCACUGGUGCAUCGCCUUUUCAAAUGAUUUAUGGUAAGGCAUGUCACUUACACGUAGAGAUAGAGCAUAAAGCCUUGUGGGCUCUACAUUUCCUUAAUAGAGAUGACAGCCUAGCAUUUAAGAAAAGGAAAGAACAACUCCAUGAGCUAGAAGAGUUCAGGUACUUAGCAUAUGAGUCCAACAAAAUGUACAAGGAAAAUAUGAAAAGAUACCUUGACAAGAAACUUAAAAAGAAAGAGUUUAAGGUUGGAGAUCUUGUGCUUCUGUUCUAUUCAAGGCUAAGAUUAUUUCCCGGUAAAUUGAAAUCUAAGUGGUCAGGACCAUUCAUGGUCAAAGAAGUCAAACCAUAUGGUGCUAUUGUCGUUGAGGAUAGCAAAACCAAAGAGAGUUGGACGGUCAAUGGAGAAAGACUGAAAGUUUACCUUGGGGGAGAAUUUGGUAGGGAAGUGUGUAUUAUUGCACUUCUGAGUACUUAA